CGUGUACAUAUUGAGUUGACACAUAACCUAAUGUUAAGCAAGUUUCAAAUGAUUUUAAAUGUUUAUAAAAUAGAAAUAAUUAUAUUGUUGUGUUGAAAACUUAGUAACGAAGCAUGGAUUUGUUUACUAUAAACAGGUACCGUGAUGCAGAAGAAGAUAUAGAUUUAGUUACUCAUGAAACAAAACAGUUACAAAAGUUAAAACAAAAAAUUGAAGAGAGGAGACGAGCGAACAGUACCUUUAAGCAACAAGAUGUUAUUACAUUGAAACAAGAUACAGCAGCAUCUACAAAAAACGAUCAUUCAUUUGAUUCAAAACCUACAAUCAGUAUACAAGCAGAAGAAGAAAAAGACGAAACAGUUGAAAACACAGUUGAUAGUGCUAUCCAACCACAGAAGCAUGUGGAAAGUAAACCUGCCUUUGAGUUUAAAGUCUUGGGCACAGACAGUUUUGAAAAGAAGACCAAAGUGAAAAGAGUGUUACCCUACUGGUUGUCUCACCCCUACAGUUUAUCCACAAACUUACAGAAGUUGUCAUGUGUUGUGGAUGAACAGGAUUGGUUGAAUGACACUUUAAAAGCUACCCUCAAGAGCGAGGGGGUUACCCAUCUGUUCCCUGUUCAGGAGCAAGUUAUUCCUUUUAUUAUUAAGGAAAAUAGGUUGCCUCCUCCAUUCUGGCCACAUGAUGUGUGUGUCUCAGCUCCUACGGGGAGUGGUAAAACACUAGCAUUUGUUUUACCAAUUAUUCAGGUUUUGAUGAACAGUGUUGGACACCAUGUAAGAGCAAUGAUUGUUCUACCAGUCCAAGAAUUGGCAGCACAGGUGUGCAAGGUUUUCAAAAAGUAUUGCACCAAUACAGGACUGAAGGUCGUACUUUUGAGUGCAUCAACUCCAUUACGCAAGGAGCAGCAGCAAAUUGUAAAAUACACCGAAUCUGCUGGUUGGAUCAGUGAAGCUGACAUCAUAGUUUGCACAGCAGGAAGACUAGUGGAGCACAUCCAAAACACAGAAGGCUUCUCAUUGAAGCAUCUCAAAUUCCUUGUAAUAGAUGAAGCUGACAGAAUCAUGGACCACAUCCAAAAUGACUGGUUAUACCAUCUAGAUAAACACAUAAAACUGGAAAAUGAACUGAUGUCAGGAAAAGUACCUAAUUUGAAUUGGAUCAGCUUGAAUGAACAAAAUCCUCCUCCACACAAACUACUUUUCUCAGCGACACUCUCACAGGAUCCAGAAAAAUUAGAAAGAUGGGGGUUAUUCCAACCUAAACUGUUCUCAGCUGCACCUAUAACUGAUUUUGAAGAUGAAGACAGUAUCAGAAAAUAUACGACACCAGAUGAGCUGACCGAACAAUAUGUUACCUGCAGUGCUGAAGAGAAACCACUGAUACUUUAUCAUUUCUUAGUGGAACAGAAGUGGGAUAAAGUUAUAUGCUUUACUAAUGCAGCUCAAUCAGCACAUAGGCUCUGUGUGCUAUUAGACGUUUGGGGGAAAGGGAAUCUGAAAGUUGCUGAACUGUCUGCCGCAUUGGAUAGAACAAACAGAGACUUGGUUCUCAAAAAGUUUACUCAGUCUGAAAUCAAUGUCUUGGUCAGCACAGACGCCUUAGCCAGAGGUAUAGACAUUCCCUCCUGCGACUAUGUCGUAUCGUACGAUCCGCCGCGAAACAUCAAAACGUACAUACACAGAGUAGGCCGCACGGGAAGAGCUGGAAGGAUAGGGCAUGCUGUUACUAUCCUACAACACAAUCAAAUGAACUUGUUCAAGGAGCUAUUACAAUCUGGAGGAAAAUCGGAAUUAAAGCAAAUACAAAUUGAACCUGAUGUUUUCGACCGCUUAUCUUCUGACUACCAAUACGCGAUUGAGAAGACCAAGAACGUGAUCAAUACAGAAAUAACAACUAAGGUUAAAAAGUCUGUAGCAAUAAAGAAAGGUUGCAAAAAAAGGAAACACGAAUAAAUUUUUGGAUU